UUUUCCUUCUUCUUCUUCUUUUUAUCCGUUCAUUUAUUUGUGAAUAAAAUGCCAGGAUUUCGUCCAUCAUCCACCUGCCUAUUUGGAAGGACGCCAGACCUCCAGUCUUUCAAAUCUGCAAGUUCAGUCCAAUAAAUUGUGACAUUGUCUGUCAGCCCUUUGGAAUAAAAAAUAAAUAAAUAAAUAAAAAUCGAUAGUGAAGAAAAGAGGACGCGAUAUUCUUCCGGAAUUUUAACGAUCUGUCCCCCCCCCCCCCCCCCUUCUUAUAAAUAUGCUAUACGCUUGGACUAGGUUGGUUUGGUCCAGCUUCAGGCUUUUUUUUUUAAAGCUGGAGCUGCUGUGAGAUAGAUAGUGACUGAUUAUUUUUUUUAUUUAUUUAUUUUUUUUUGCCGUUGAUUUUUUUGUCCAUGCAAGAGUCGGGGUGGAAACAUGUCUGGCCACUUCUUUGAGAGGAUCACUGCUAUCAGAGAUGGCAUUUUGGUCCAGCACUUCGGUUUUCACCUCUAAAGUGCCCCGGAAAAUCUUAUUCAUGUUCACCCUCUCCCUCUCUGUCACCUACUUGUUCUAUAGCUUGAUGAGCUGCUAUAACUCGCUGCAGUUCCCCCUGCAAGAAAACUACGUGUACCAAGGCAGGCUGGUGACGGAGGAGCCAACUUUUGUGACAUUGAGGGAAAAACUUUAUUCCGCUUCCCAGGGCUUUAACCAAUUCACCGAAUCUGAGAGAACCACUGCGAUUUUUUCCAAGGAUCAUCAUCAUGCUGAGGCCGAACAAAGGACAGUGGAGUGGAUUAGGACUCAGGCGUCUCCAACUAACGCGGUGGCGGUGGCGGUGGCGCAUCACAGCAGCACCGCACCGCCGCCGCUACCGGAGAAAGAGCACCAGGAAUUCAGCACCACGGACAGCGACCUCAGGGUGAACUGCACCUCGGAUUAUGGAGAGAAGAAACUUCCCCAAGCCAUCAUCAUAGGAGUGAAAAAAGGAGGAACCAGAGCCCUGCUGGAGGCUUUAAGGGUCCACCCGGACGUCAGAGCCGUUGGGAAUGAACCCCAUUUCUUUGACAGGAACUAUGAGAAAGGACUGGACUGGUACAGAGACCUGAUGCCUUCGACGCUGGAGGGGCAGAUCACCAUGGAGAAGACACCCAGCUACUUUGUGACUAACCAUGCCCCCAAGCGCAUCCACUCUAUGGCCAGGGACAUCAAGCUUAUUAUUGUCGUGCGUAAUCCUGUCACUAGAGCCAUUUCAGACUAUACACAAACCUUGUCCAAGAAACCCGAGAUCCCGACGUUCGAGGUUUUGGCUUUUAAGAACCGGACGCUGGGUCUUAUAGACGCUUCGUGGAGCGCUUUGCGUAUAGGAAUCUACGCUCUUCACUUGGAGACCUGGAUGCAGUACUUCCCCCUAUCCCAAAUGCACUUUGUGAGCGGCGAGAGGCUCAUCGUGGAUCCGGCCGGAGAGAUGGCUAAGGUGCAAGACUUUUUGGGACUCAAACGGAUCGUUACGGAUAAACACUUUUACUUCAAUAAAACCAAGGGAUUCCCGUGUCUGAAGAAACCGGAGGAUAGCAGUACGCCCCGAUGCCUGGGCAAGUCCAAAGGGAGAACUCACCCUAAAAUAGACCCGGAUGUGAUUCGGCGACUGCACAAGUUCUACAAACCCUUUAACAUGAUGUUCUACCAAAUGACUGGACAGAACUUUGAAUGGGAGCUGGAGGAGGACAGUGAAUCUCGUAGCUCUCAGGACUAAAGUCUAAAGACUGCGGCAUGGCACAGCACAGCCACACCACCAGCCUUCUCAAAUAAAAAAUACUAUUGUCUCACGUCGUCUUCAAGAGAGAGUGCUCGAGCACGCCAAUCAAUCAUGGCUGUCUUUACAGUGUCUGUAUCCAUUAGCAAGAGUUUACUGACAUGCUUUUAUCCCCUCUCCCUUCAAUACUAAUGUUGUUGAUGAUGGCGAAUCAUUAUUGUAUAUACUAAACAUAAAAUAUAUUUAUAUUUGUGAAAAGGAGAUGAUUUAUUCCUUUUUUUGUUUUCGAAAAGGUUAGAGCUGAUAUAAAAAUCAUGUUGACUAUGGCAAAUGCAUGCGAUGAGUUAAGUGUCCUUACCUCAUGAGCCCUAAGGGUAAACUCUGCCUGUUUCUUCUCCCUUUACUUUCCUUGCAGUUUGUUGCCCUCACACCCACUCACCAGCAUACAGAACAAAAAAGAUAUUCUAUUUCAAUGGCUGAGGCCAUGAAGUGCUCUGUUUUUUUUUUUUGUUUUGUUUUUCUUUCUAAUGCUGUCCUGCUGCUUCAGAAGAGAGAGAUAAUAAUCCUUUGACAUGUGCUCAUCUUUUGAGUUGUCCAUAUUCUUAGUAGAGACAAUCCUUUUUUUUUUUUUUUUCCAGUCUAAGUUUACCAAAGUGUUAAUUUACUCAGCGUCAGUGUUCUGGUGGCUCUGCACUCAUUAACUGAAAAUAUAUUCAGUAUCAGAGCUUCAUGUACAGUAGCCAUGGUUCAAUAAUUGGAUUGUUUCGCUGCAUACUUAAGCAUUAGCAUACUGAUGAUCAUGCACACCGAUGAUCAGAUGAGGUGCGGUAUCAGUGGUUUUUUUUAGAAUGAAAUGACAAAUCAAUAUAUGUACAACGAGUAUUAUUCAUUUUUAAUCCUGAAAAAAAAAAAAAA